AUGAAUUUGCAAUUUUAGUUAGAAUUAAAGUUAAAGGAUUUCGAGUACAGAAAAUUGAAACAACAAUUGAAUAUGAUGAAAUCAGUUGUAGAUGAGAAAAACAUGAAGUUUGAUUCCAUCAAGAAAUCAUUGGCUGAAACUUUUAGUGCUCUCAUUAGAUAUGUGCAAUUAGAAUUAUAAAAUUUAAAAAAAGAAUUACUUUGUCUCAUUUCUACUCAAAAAGAAGAAAUACUUCAAUUCUAGAAUGAAAAGAUUUCUCUCCAAUACAUUCAAGAAUUAGAAUUAUUGAAUCAACAAUAUUACGAAGAAAAAGAGCAAUUUAAGAUAAGGAUAGAUAAAUUGAAUUAGUAGUUGAUAGAAUCUGAAAAAAAUGAAGUUUAUCUAAUGAUGCUAAACUCCAAGUAUUUAAAGGAGAAUGAGUAAUUAAGUCAGUAAUUGCUAUCCAAAAGUAGAUAAAUGAGUUAAACAGAGCAAAAUUUUUAUCCAAACAAAACAGGAUUCAUAUCCAAAUUUUUAAAUAAAUAUACAUGA